CUAGAAAGGUUGUCAUCAUACCCCGACGUUGGCAUAACAUAAGUCUUGAGUUUCUUUACAGUCGUUCUACGCACUUUUUCAACAGACAGAGCAUGAACCUUUUAGAGAAUUAGCUAUAUUGCCACGUAUUUUCAAUAAACAUCUGUCUUGCGACUACUUUUACCCCGGGGAAAAAUCUAUGCAGAGGCUGCACCUUUGAAAGAUGGGCUCUGAAAACGACUUUGGACCAUCUGUGAUCCUCUCUGAUGAUCCACAUGAAAUAGGAGGUCUGAUAAAUUCUGAUGGCGAAGAAGUGGAUUUCUCAGAUCUCAGAGUGAAAGCUCUCUCUGGUAUUGUUCCUGCAGAGGCCCUCUCAAAGAAAUUUGAGCAGAGUGAGAAUGAAAAACCGCCUUCACUUCACAGCUGCUCAGUAUGUGGGAAAGACUUCCCUUAUGCUUCUAAACUUCAACGCCAUCUACGUACUCACUCAGGAGAAAGGCCUUUCCCCUGCUCUAUGUGUGAAAAGAGAUUUCCUGAAAAGGGGCUUCUUAUGAUCCAUGAAAGAGUCCACACUGGGGAAAAGCCAUUCCCAUGCACUUUCUGUGAGAAAAGAUUUGCCAGUCAGGGGGAGCUCCGGCUGCACCGGCGGACACACACUGGCGAGAGGCCGUAUCACUGCUCCAUCUGUUUGAAGAGCUUUUCUCGUCACUGGCACCUGAAAACGCACUUGGAAGCGAUGCACUCUGAGGUUGUUGCGGGCUUUACCAGGAAGAAGUUUCCUUGUUCAGAUUGUGACAAGAGCUGUAACUCAGCAGCUGAGCUGAGGGAUCAUCAAAGGACUCACACUGGAGAGAGGCCUUUCCAGUGCUCAUUCUGCGACAAACGGUUUGCUUUGUCAGGGACCCUUGUAAGACACGAGCGUCUGCACACCGGCAUCACGCCAUACCACUGCUCUGACUGUGGCAAGACGUUUGCACAGCAGUGGACCCUGACUACGCACAUGCGGACUCACACUGGAGAAAAACCGUACAGCUGCACACAGUGUGAUAAAUCCUUCGUUGCUCCAGGAGAGCUUCGGAGGCACACCAGGAUUCACACCGGAGAAAAGCCGUACACCUGCACAGACUGCGGGAGGCACUUCUCACUGGCAGGAACUCUCAGAAACCACAAGCGGUCAUGUAAUCAGAGCAAGAACGAAUCUGUCCCUGGUGUUGUCUCAGGUGAUGUUCAAGCUUCCGUUGAUGAAUCAUCCCAGCAAGGCCUGGCCAGCAACACCAACUGUAAGGUGUCUGACUGCCAGAGUCUGCCUGUUGCAGCUGAGCCCCCUUCCUCAGAGGGUUGUAAAUGUGUCAAAGCAGCUCAGCCUGAAAUUAACCUGAGAGAACCAAGAGACCAGCCAGAGGACAGCGUUUCCACACCUCAUAUGAAUGUAAUAGUAAAAGAAGAAGAAAACGAGGAACCUUUAUGUGAAGAAACUGCAAACAUGGUGUCUGGUGGUGAGGACUGCAGCAUACCAGAAGAAACUGAAGAGCUGAACCAGGAAAAGGAGACAGAAAUGAGGAUUACAGUAAAGGAGGAAGAGGAGGAACCGGUCAACAUGUCCAAAGAAAAUCCUGAUCACAUGACAAGCAGUAAAAAGGAUGGUGUUUCUUCACUGCCUGUACAAAAACAGUGCAACAGCAAUUCAGCAAAGAGCUCAUACUGCUGUGGGCUCUGCGGAAGAGACUGUCACAAGAUGUCGGCACUUCAGAUUCACAUGCGAAUUCACUCCGGAGAGAAACCUUAUCAGUGUGCUCUGUGUGGAAAACAGUUCACCCAAAAAGGCCAACUCAAGGGACACUAUAAAGUCCACACAGGUGAAAAACCGUUCUCCUGUCCAGACUGCGGUAAGAGCUUCGCCCACUCUGGUGCCAUGAACAGACAUCGGCUUACACACACUGGGGAGAGGCCCUACCACUGCUCCUUGUGUGACAGGAGCUUCAACCAGUCCGGCCGCUUGAGGGAACACGAGAAAAUUCACUUUGGGGAGAAGUUUGACUGUCCUGAAUGUGCAAAAAGUUUUACACGUGCGUCAAGUCUCAAGAAUCAUUUCAGGCUUCACACCGGCGAGAGGCCUUACGGCUGCGACAUCUGCGGUAGAGGCUUCAGCCGCUCGCAAAGCCUGAGGCUCCACAGACGCAAACAUGAUCAGAUUCAGACUGAGAUGGAGUCCUCAGUGACUUUGAAGGAUGAUGAAUUCUCACAGAGCGAUGACGACUCUCCAGUUAACAUGUGCAUAGCAGACAAAAAUGACUGAUGUAUUUAGAUAACCAGACAUGUAUUAGUAUAACUACAAUAUUUAAGUAAAAAAAAACAUGAACUGAAGAGUAAGGACCUAUGUCUGUGAAUAGAUAAUUAACCUCAUAUGAUGUGGUUCAUAUGAAAAGUAUUGAAGUAUUUAACAGCAAGUUAACAAAUAAAAAACAUGUAAGUUAUUGUCCUGCCACUAUACUUGCAGUUUAAUUCACAAUGAUCAGACCAGUAUUCACAUAAAAAACAAGUGUUAUUAAAUCUAAAUCUAUAUCAACUACUAGGAUGAUGAAUCAUAAGUUAUAUUUAUUUCUCAUUCUUGUGCUAGAUAUGUUUGACCAUUGCACAUUUAGAGUAUUAUGGUAGUACAAAUGUCUUUUUUAUUGUUUGUGAUUUAAAUUUGUCCAUGCAGUAUUUAUCAUAAAACGAAUUGUGUAAUCUGGAUGUUGGACUGACAACUACAUGUUUGCUUUAAGUCUUAAGGUGGGAAUUAACCCUUUCAGACCUAAGGGUUUUUUUUUAUCAAACUGUACAAUAAAACCUUUCUGCCUCAAAAGAAACUAACAUUUGCUAACAAUUGAGUUCAGAACUUUGGUUUUCAUUGCCAAUUUAAGACCAAUUUUAUGUUAGUGUAAAGAAAUGUUUUUUGUAUAUUGAAAGUUAUGUUACACUAACUUUGCUUCGAGCUUGAAAGGUAGAAACACACACACUGCAUUAGGUCUCAAUGGGUUAAAUAGUGUAAGGUUUGGGUGAGGUUAGAAUUUAUGCUGUGGGGAAAUUUGGCUUGUAAUGAAAUAAUGUGGUAUGUUACAGAUGUUCACCAAAACAGAUUUGCCUUAGUAGGAACAUAUUUUAAUCUGUUUUGUGUAGCAGUUAUGUAAAACCUAAAUCAGGAGUGUUUAUUAUCACCUGGUUUUGACAGCUCCAAGAGGCCAUAUAACCAUUGUGAGUAAAGAAUCGUCCUCUAAGCCUGUGAUAUGAGAAGAAAAUCAUUUAAAGCCAUGUAGAUGGUUUAAAAAAUAUUCAGUCUGCCAAUGUCUAACGUAUGGGACGUGUUAAGCUGAACAAUAAAAAAAUAUGUAUUAAACAUUGUAUUUAACUUGUGACUGUUUGAUUGCAAGUUUAUACUGAACUGUGAACUUCUGAUACAUAAACUUAUAGA